AUGUCUGCUCAGACCACAAACGACACGCCGGUUACAGCAGCCCCAGCUGCUGGCCCAGCUGUUACUCCUGCACAGGCUGCUGAUGCUCCUGGUGUCGAUGCUCCGGCGCCGGCUGCUGCUGCUACAGAAGCUCAGCCCACUGCCACUGCAACUGCCACGGAUGCCCCUGCUGUUCCCUCCGAGUCUCAACAGAAUGCGCAGACUGUGACGGAGCCCAAGCCAGAAGACAAACCAGAGGAGAAGCCUGCCGAGAAGGCCCAGACUCCUCUCACCUCAUUCUUCGACAAGCUGCCCGGUAUCCUCGAGGCGGCCAAGCACAAGGAGAUGUGGGGUGUGCAGCUGUCCGACAGCACCCACGUUCCGACCACCGUUGUUCUGCAGAAGUUCUUGCGCGCCAACGAUGAUGAUGUCUCCAAGGCUGUUGAUCAGUUGCAGAAGGCCCUUGAAUGGCGUCGCGAUACUAACCCUGGAAAACUCCUCGACGAAGUAUACUUCGAUACGAAGAAGUUCGAUGAGCUCGGUUAUGUCACCACCCACAAGGAUACUCAGGGCAAGGAGGUCAUAAUCACCUGGAACAUCUACGGUGCCGUUAAGGAUAAGCAGGCCACUUUUGGCAACGUUGAUGAAUUCAUCAAGUGGCGUGCUGCUCUCAUGGAGCUCAGUGUCCGCAAACUGAACCUAGACAAGGUCCAGACCCCCAUCCCCGAUGGUGGUGAGGAUCCCUACCAGAUGAUUCAGGUCCACGACUACCUCAACGUGAGCUUCCUGCGCAUGGAUCCGGCCGUCAAGAAUGCCUCCUCGCAGACCAUCAAAAUUUUUGCCAUGGCCUACCCCGAGUUGCUCAACCACAAAUUCUUUGUCAACAUCCCUGCCCUCAUGGGUUGGGUCUUCAAGGCCAUGAAGGUGUUCUUGGCGCCCAAGACCGUCGCCAAGUUCCACCCCCUCGGCUACGGAGCAGAGCUGGCUAACGAGCUCCCCAAUCUGAAGCAGUCACUGCCCAAGGACUACGGCGGCAGUGGCGAGAGCAUUAAGACCACCGGCCAGACUGUGAAACUCGGCGAUCCCGCGACCUCAACUACCGAGACUAAAGCCGCAGUCGAAACUCCCGCACCUACCUCCGCCUCUGCCGCUGACACCCAGGCUGCUGAGCCUCCGGCUGUCGCCGAUAGUACGGCUCCAACUGCCAUGGCAACGGCGAAAUCCACCGAGCCAGCCUCUACUACCGCGCCUCAACCUGAGAAGACGGCGGGGACUGCUUCUGCCGCCACUGAACUCGAAAAGUCAGAGUCUUCAAAGGCGGAGGAAUCCGAGGUGCCCAACAUCGCUGGCCUCAGCGUCAAAGACAAUGUCGAAGAUAAGGACGCUGCCACUAAGGAUGAAGUUAAGACCACUGCUGCCUAA